CUUUUCAAAUGUUUUCCCUUCCCGCCGGAAUAAUGCAGUCAUUUUUUAUACCAGUGACAGUUGUCUUGAAAGCAGUGCGUCGACUGGAUCGGAUUGAGAAAAUUAAGGGUCGAACGAUAUAGCAGAGCUGUACUAUCUUUAGGCGGCGCCGAACUAACAUAGUUGUCCGUGUCUCGGGUCUACCGGGCCGGUUCGCUGCGCAGGUUUGGAACGCGCGCCAUUUUGUGAAAAUUGACAUAAAAUCCUGUCUAAACUAAGGCUUACAUCUGACGGUGGUGUCAUUAUUUCCAAUAUUUUUCGGAUAGUAUGCGUCGCCGACUAUACUAAAUGCCAAGUAGGAGUAUAGUCUGGAUUUAAUUUUCUCCAAAAGGAACAAUCCGAAUGUGUUUUACGAACGGUAUAAUAGACAGCUGGCUAGCUUGCUAGCUAGCAAGCUAGUUAGCCACGUUUGUUAGCUAAAGUCACCGAGCAAACUAGCAGGCUAGCUGAACUGGCUGGCUAGCCUGUAUUCGGGUGACGAAAGCUACAGUUUAGGAGUUGGACCACUAACUAAGGAUGACUGUUGCAGAGGUGACUUCGAUAUCAAUACGUUUUGCCCGGUAGGCCAAAUUCUAGUCGCCAUCAGUGCAAGGAGGGGGUAUUUUCCUGAAAUACCUUGCUAGCUAGCAGGUUCUACAUCUCGGUGUCUCAUUGGAAGUAACGAUAGAGAAGCUGGAUAAGUUCCUUCACCAUAUUCGUCCUGGCACUUUAAAUGAAGAUCGUACCAUCAAAGGAGGAGAUACCUCAGCAUGCUAAACCUCGCCUGUGCAGCUGCCACCCUGUUAGCGUUUGCAUGUUGCUGGUGCUCAGAUGGCUGCGUCCAUGCCUCAUUCGCACCAGCCGUACAGUGACCGCCUGCCACACUCACACACACACAGCCAGCCGGCCAGCACUGGACAGCCCUACAGCGAGCAGACACUGCCACACACUGCCAACCAGAGGCACAUGCCCCAGUGUUUUCGAGACCCUGCUGUGGCCCCUCUGAGAAAGCUCUCCAUCGACCUGAUCAAGACUUACAAACACAUCAAUGAGGUGUAUUAUGCAAAGAAGAAGCGUCGGCACCAGCAGGGGCAGGGCGAGGACUCGAGCCAUAAGAAGGAGAGGAAGGUGUUCAACGAUGGCUACGACGAUGACAACUACGACUACAUCGUCAAGAACGGCGAGAAAUGGAUGGACCGAUAUGAGAUCGACUCCCUGAUCGGAAAAGGCUCUUUCGGACAGGUGGUGAAGGCGUAUGACCGUCAUGAGCAGGAGUGGGUGGCCAUUAAGAUCAUCAAGAACAAGAAAGCCUUCCUCAACCAGGCCCAGAUAGAGGUGCGACUACUGGAGCUCAUGAACAAACACGACACCGAGAUGAAGUACUAUAUAGUGCACCUGAAGCGCCACUUCAUGUUCCGUAGUCACCUGUGCCUCGUCUUUGAGAUGCUGAGCUACAACCUCUACGAUCUCCUGCGAAACACCAACUUCCGUGGCGUCUCUCUAAACCUCACACGUAAGUUUGCUCAGCAGCUGUGUACUGCACUGCUGUUCCUGGCGACUCCAGAGCUGUCUAUAAUCCACUGCGACCUGAAGCCAGAGAACAUCCUGCUCUGCAACCCCAAACGCUCUGCCAUCAAGAUCGUAGACUUCGGCAGCUCCUGCCAGCUGGGACAGAGGAUCUACCAGUACAUCCAGAGUCGGUUCUACCGGUCUCCAGAGGUGCUGCUGGGGAUGCCGUACGACCUGGCCAUCGAUAUGUGGAGCCUGGGCUGCAUACUAGUGGAGAUGCACACGGGAGAACCUCUAUUCAGCGGCGCCAACGAGGUGGACCAGAUGAAUAAGAUUGUGGAGGUGCUGGGGAUUCCUCCUAACCACAUCAUGGAGUUGGCUCCUAAAGCUCGCAAGUUCUUCGAGAAGCUCUCAGACGGCACGUGGAGCGUCAAGAAGACCAAAGAUGGCAAACGGUAUAAACCUCCGGCGUCGCGUAAGCUGCACUCCAUCCUGGGGGUGGAGUCCGGUGGUCCCGGGGGGCGUCGGGCGGGGGAGUCGGGCCACGCGGUGGCGGACUACCUGAAGUUCAAGGACCUGAUCCUGCGCAUGCUGGACUACGACCCCAAGAGCCGCAUCCAGCCCUACUACGCCCUGCAGCACUCCUUCUUCAAGAAGACCGCCGACGAGGGCACCAACACCAGUAGCAGCGUCUCCACCAGCCCCGCACUCGAGCAGAGCCAGUCGUCUGGCACCACGUCAUCCACCUCCUCCAGCUCAGGAGGGUCGUCUGGCACGAGUACGAGUGGGAGGGCGCGAUCGGACCCCACCCACCACCACAGGCACAGCGGGGGACACUUUGGAGCCGCCAUGCCCGCCAUGGACUGCGACAACCUCUGCCCACAGGGGAGGCAGCCGUAUCACCCCCCGGUGGUGUGGCCAGGCGGUGUGGGUGCGGAGGCGGACCCGGUGGAGACGCACCCCGUCCAGGAGACGACCUUCCACGUGCCACCGCAGCACCCCAAAGCCCUGCACCCCCAGCACCACCACGUCGGCGGCCACCAUGGCGGCGGGGGGCACCACUCGGGCCACCAGCCGGGCGGGCACCAGGGUGCCCCGCACCACCCUCACCCCCACCACCCCCACUCGGGGCACCAGGUGCUGGCCACGAGGCCCCGGCCCCGCCUAUACUCCCCCACGCACAGCGCCUCCACACAGGACUCCAUGGAGGUGGUGCACGGCCACCUGUCCAUGACCUCGCUGUCUUCCUCCGCCUCCUCCUCCUCCACCUCCUCCUCUUCCACCGGCAACCACGCCAACCAGGCCUACCAGCUGCGGCACGUGGGGGGGUUGGGCGUCGGGAUGGGGGUGGGGGUGGGUGGCAUUGGCGUUGGCGUGGGGGGUCCCGCGUUAUCGUCGGUAUCGUCCUCGUCCUCGCUGGACUUUGGCCCCAACGGCAGCGUGAGCGUGAGCCUGGGCCUGGGGGCCUUCUCCAACCCGCGCCAGGAGACGGGGGGCAUGGCGGGCGCGGCCGGACACGCGGCGGGGGGCUACGCGGCGGCGCUCUCUAGUGGCCCCCCAGGGCCCGGAGGGGCCAGCGCAGGGCCCCCCCACUACAUGGCCGAGGGCCCCCCACACCCCCACCUGGCCAUGCGGCAGGCACUGGAGCGCGAGGACGCCCCCAUGACUGGAGUGUGUGUUCAGCAGAGCUCGAUGGCCAGCUCAUGACUACACCGCAACUAAACUCAACCACACACAUCACACAACUACACCACACACAUCACACAACUACACCACACACACACACACACACAUUCACAUACACACACUCGCAUACAAACACACAGACAACACAACACGCACAGAUACACACACAGACAACACAACACACACAGAUACACACACACACACACGACUAAAGGGGUCCCACAGUCCUGCUCUCUCUCUCUCUCUUUCUCUCUUUCUCUCUCUCUCUCUCUCUCUCUCUCUCUAUCUCUCUUUCUCUCUCUCUUCUUUCUCUGUGUGAUUUUUAAAAACGCUGGUGUUUUUUCUCUCUCUCUCUCUCUCUCUCUCUCUCUCUCUCUCUCUCUCUCUCUCUCUCUCUCUCUCUGGUUUACUUUUAUGUUGUUGUUUUUUUGUUUGUUUUUCUUUGUUGCGAGGUGCGUAGAGAUCAAAGCUGCUCAUAUCAGGAGGGAGAGAAAUGGAGGGGUCAGAGGUCACUGAAGCGUUACCGUGACUACCAUUAACGAGUCUAGAGACCAGAGAACACACACAACCUACAACACAAAAAACACAUCUGUAUGUGAUUCCAUGUUUCCUUUCUGAAUAGGCACAUUAGUGAUUACUGAAGAUUGCCCAUUGUAAGCAGGAGGCCACACACACACACACACACACACACACACACACACACACACACACACACACACACACACACACACACACUUGUCACACACAUACACAUACUUGCUCACUCAUUCUCCUCAUGCUUCAUGGUUCUUAUCAUAGAUUCCCACCACUCCGCUUACUGCAGGCGCACACACACACACACACACGACUCACAUCCACAUGGAGAGACGUCGUGCUAACACAUCACACAUUUUUGCUUUCUUGCUUUUCAGCUUUUUGUUUUGUUUAUUUUUCUUUUUCUUUUUUUGUUUUUGUUUGAGUUCAAAUUUGUUUUCUGAAGAGUGAACCCAUGUGAGUGUGACGUUUUGGUUUGUGUUCCACAGAUGGUUUCAUUAAUUUAUUUCCCUUUAAAGUGCGUGAGUGUGAAGCGUGUCGGUGUGAGCGAGCGAGUGCGCCUCACCUCACCUCACCCGUUCUCAACUAUAAGGACCUGGGAGUGCGGCCCUCUCCGCCACCGUGGCUGUGUAGCGCGCUGUGCUCUCUACUCUACUCCACCCCACCCCACCCCACCCGGGGCCUGAGGCCCGCACACACACAGCGGCGACUUGCAGUGAAGUUCAGUGUCCACAGUCACACCGUACUAUGGUGACAGAGGGGGCUGUGGGGGUGGGGAUGGGGGCAGGUCGGGCAGUGGUCGGUUACCCACACACCUGCUCCGCUCAUGCCCUC